AUGGCUGACGACGUGAUUGAUAGCAUGGAAAACAUGAAACUAACAUCUGAGGAAGAAGAGAUUAUUGUGAUAUCUAAUGAGGGUAGAUUAGCCGAGAUUGAGAGCUGCAAUUUGAGUCUCAUUGGAAAAUUUUUGACGUGCAGGGCUUUUAACAAAAGGGCAGCUAUGAGUACAAUACGGAAAGCAUGGGGCAUGAAUACUGAAUUGAAGAUUGUUGAGGUUGGAUCAAAUUUGUUCCAGUUCAAGUUCCAAACAGAUUUUGAUUUAAACCGUGUAUUGAAAGGGGGAUCGUGGAGUUUUGAUAACCAAUUGCUUCUACUCAAGCGAUGGCAUAAAGGGAUGACUGCGAGUAAUGUCAAAUUAGAUCAUGCAUCCUUAUGGAUCCAAAUUUGGGGGGCUCCAUUUGAUAUGGUGUCUUCACAAGUGGCAGUAGCGGUUGGCAGUAGACUGGGUAUGGUGGAAGAUGUGGAGAAACAGAGGGGACAUGAUACACCGAAUUAUUUUAUGAGGGUGAGGGUUGCAAUACCGGUUUCUAAACCAUUGAGGCGGGGAGGAUUCAUUGAAGAUUCAGAUGGAGAACGCACUUGGGUAAAAUUUAAAUAUGAAAGGUUACCAGUUUUUUGUUAUUACUGUGGUAUUCUUGGGCAUGACUUACGUCACUGUGCAAGCCAUUUUGUAGCAGAAAAACAGGGGGGGGAGGUAGACUACCAAUAUGGAGAUUGGCUAAAGGCUACUGGAGGCCGGCAAAGAUCACCGCCACGACGGAGUACGGUGGAGCCUGACUUGCACGACUGGAUGAGGAGUACAAACGAAAAUCAUGGAGUGGAUACCGAUAUUCAGGUGGUGGAGUCCGAGAAGUUAGGAGUGGAUACUUCAAAUCAUGUGGAUAAUGUUGAAGUGCAUGAGAUGAACCCGAAUAUUCAGCAGAGGAGUGCUACUGGGAAUAAAGAAGUGGUGGACAUGGAUAAUAAUUCUAUAACUACAACCAUGGCAAUAGCUGAUGAGAGUCCAAAGUCACAAUCAGAUAGAGAUAAUGCUAUUAUAGUGGAUGAGCAGAUUGGGCCGAAUCUACAUGGAACAGCACAGCCUAAACUGAAGUCAACGUGGACCAGGAUUAUGAGGAUGGAUUAUGGGCUUGGAAGUAUUAUAAGGCCCACGGAUUCUUCAUUGCUUGGAAAGAGAGGAAGCUUUACUAAAACAGAGGCUGCUAUGUCAGAUGAAGAAGGGGAAGCACAGAGAGUGAAGCGGGAGAAACUAUGUCGAAUUAAUGACGGCGAAUCGGCGGGGGUGGCUGACCACCCUUGCCGAAGGCAAUGA